CAGUAAAUUUGCUCAGUUCGUUUUAUUCAUUCGAUUCGUCCAGCUGGUCCCCGGAAUGAUGCUGCUAAGCACGAUUGUUUUAAUUUCUCUGUGCGUAACCUGUUCGCUGGCAGGAAUUUGCCAAGAUGUGUUUAAAAAUCCAAACGACGAUCGUCCCUUCUUCAAGGUGUUUGAAUCGCAGGGAGUUGAGAUCUACUAUCCGAAACGCGAUGCCAAGCAGGAAAUGUUCGGUAUAAAGAUCUACAAAAAUCAAGACCUACGCCGGAAAGACCUUCACUGUGACCUUUGCGUCAACACGACUCACGUCGAAGAUGGUUGCUUCAAAAUCAAGAGCACCUUGCUGGCUGUCGAACCGCGGGAUGUACUUAAAUAUGUUACUAUAGGCAAGUUCAUCGGAAAAACCGACGUCAGCAUUUCACCAGCCAACAAAUCCGAAUUCACAGAUUACGUAAUCCCGGCGGCGUGUGUCUGCAGUGAUCCACCCGCUGGAUAUUGUGCCAAGGCGUCGAACAAAAUCACCGAUUACCGGCCGCUGUUCAAGUUUCACGAAUCGUCCGGAUUUGCCGCUUACCUCCCACGAGCACCAUCGACCGCUGCGGUUGGCCUUCAGGCACUCAAGAAUGCCAAUUUCCGCCGCGGUGGCACAACCGAGCAGCAGCAGCAACAACUCGAUUUGAAUGUUGAUUCGAUCGGCGACCGGAACGGGUGCUUUGUGUUCGAGUUGUCAACGUUGCGGUUUGGCCAGGGGGAUCAUAUCAAUUUUGUUGUGACCGGAAAGAAAACCGGUGGCGAAAAGAUUCGCACCGAUCCGCGGAAGGCGUUUGUCAGGGAUUACUUUAUUCCGCCGACAUGUUCUUGCCCGACUAGUCAGUCGAACUUGGUUAAAGCACAAAAGAAUACCAGAAACUGAUAUUUACAACAGCUUGUAGUGAAUAGCGCUUUUUGACGGAAAGACGUCGUGACCUCAACACUUUUGCAACAUUCAUCAUUGAUCAAGAAAGGAAAGCCCACAAGCUGUCAACUCUUUUAUCACAUUUCAAGCAUCGGUUCUCGAGGAAAAUUAGUCUUUAUCAUCUGCAAUCAC